CGUCUUCGACUGCGCGUAAACACAUUUUAAACGAACGGGUGGGAAAUCGACGUUUCCCGAAGCAUCAUCGUCGUCGUUGUCAUCGUCGGUGAUGGUGAUGGCGGCAACGUCGCCGUGCCAUGCGUCUCUCGUCUUGUUAGUCAAAUCGCGAUCGUCGUUGCGUGAUCAUUCCGCUCGUUACACUUGGUAUACAAAUCUCGGCACGCGCGAAUCGACCUGCGUACGAAAAUAAACUUCAUCGAGAAAUUUUCGUGUUUUACAAUGUAUUUCACGGAGAAUCAAAUCGGUUUCGAACUGUUGUGAAACUUCUCUGUAAGUGCAGCCUUUUUGGAACUUUGAGAUUAAAAUAUCUGAGGAACUUAACGUGAUGAGGAAAGGACUAUUUGGUUUUAUCAAAAACCUUCGAGAUUACACCAUACUACCGUUUUUUAAUCAAAAACAAAACCUACCUUUUUGUAGGCUUGUGUUACUGCUUAAAUUGCUGUGCGGCGUGUAGCAUCGAAUCUGCGAAGAAAGAAGGGGAAAAAGAUAUUUUUAGUGAUAUUCACAUUAAAUCAAAGACAUUAUUGACUUCAAUGAUUAUGAAGCGAUUGAUGUUACUGACUUUUCUAAUCAUCGUAGUAUCAUGUCACGAGCCGUUUCAAGUAAUCUUUGAAUGGAAGUCGAUUAACUUCCAGUGGCCAUCGGAGGAUGAACGGCAAUAUGCUGUAAGGCACGGCGAUUACAUACCGGCAAAUAAUUUUAUCACCACUGUGAAAUUUUGGAAGGAUAAAAUGUAUCUAUCAUUACCACGAUGGAAAGACGGUGUGCCGGUGACACUGGGUAUGACAUCGGCAAAACCGAUUAACGGCAUUACAGCGCCUGAAUUGGAGGCCUUCCCCACCUGGGAUAUGCAGAAACUGGGUGAUUGUACGGCAUUUCAACUGGUCCACAGCAUGGAAAUCGAUCCUAAGGGUCACAUAUGGAUACUUGACACUGGUCGACCUACAUCUCUCAGAGAAUCCAAAGCCGACUGCUCGCCGCGUCUUGUCAUUCUUGAUCUCGAGGACAAUAAUAAGAUUGUUCGUACUUAUCAGUUCCCCGAGCACGUAGUUCACCGCAAAACUGCGUACCUCAAUGAUAUUGUUCUCGAUCACGAGGAUGGCGGUAUGGCAUAUAUUACCGACACUGAUAUUACCGAUCCCGGCAUCAUUGUAUACUCUUUAAGAGAUAACAAUUCUUGGAAGAUCCGACACGAUUCUAUGAAAGCAAAGUCGGAGGCGGUCGGAUUCAUGGUAGCAAAGACGCAUGUAAUCAAUCCAGUGCACGUGGAUGGCAUAGCGCUUUCACCGGCAAGCAGUCGCAACAGACAAAUCUACUAUUCGCCUUUAUCUUCUUUCCAUCUAUAUUCGGUUCCAGUAUUUGCUCUGAAGAACAAUAUGACGAAUAUCGAUCAAUACGUGAAGGAACUUGGACGGAAGACUUCGCAAACGGACGGCAUGGCGAUGUCAUCUACUGGCGUACUUUACUUCGGUCUACUAGCUGACGAUGCCAUCGCUAUGUGGGAUACCAAGAAUACACCAUCCUUCACCGUCGGUCAACGAAUUAUAUCGCGCGAUCACGUAUUGACGCAGUGGCCCGACAGUUUUGCAUUUGACGAAGACGGCAAUUUUUGGUGCGUCACCAAUAUGCUGCAAAACUUCUUAAAUAAUCGCGUUGAUAUCAAUAUGCCCAACUACCGUCUCAUUCGAUCACGCGUAGGUUUUAAAAAUUAUCAAUAUUACGAAAAUGGCACGGCGCCUGAGUUACCAGAUUUCACCGCCGGUACUGAUUCCGUCACAUUUGUACCCGCCGCGCUAUUGCCUAUCAUUUUGAUGCUUAUCGCGAAGUAACCGCUUCAUGACAAAAUCUUGUUAAAGAUAUUUAUGUUAUGAAUAUGAAUAAAAAAUUUACGAAUCCAUGCUAAAAUAGUUAAUCAUAUAUUAAUUAAAAUAACGUCUCAUGGCACAAAUUUAACGCCUAUCGCGUAACCAAUCAGAGGCAUACAUAAUGCGUGAUCGUGUAACCAAUCAAACGCGAUACACAAUACUCGUUACAUUAAAAAUCUGUACCAUGUGAGAAAAUAUAGUUCUUUUUUACAGCUUAUUCAAGAAAUGAAGAAACGUUAGAUCUAACACUAUACAGAGAAAUACUGUUUAAUUUUAUCAUAUAAAAGUAUAUUACCGAUUACCUUACAUCAUUGUCAAAGUCAAAAUAUUUUAUACGAUUUAAAAGAUUAUAUACUACAGUUUACAGCAUGAAAUUAUUUUGAACUAGAUAAAGCCUUUUUUUAUAGACUUCUCAGUAUUGAAAGUGACGCCGUAAGCCAAAUUUUUUCAGCAAACACAUCAGGUUUUUAAAGCAACUGAGAUUUAAUAUAGGUACAAAAAUGGCUCUUUCGC